CGCGGCGGCCGGGAGAUGUGCCCGGAGGAGGGCGCGGGCGAGGACGCGGCGGGGCUGGGCGAGGUGCGCUCCUGGUGGGAAGUCCCGGCCAUAGCGCACUUCUGCUCCCUCUUUCGCACCGCCUUCCGCCUGCCCGACUUCGAGAUCGAGGAAUUAGAAGCUGCCCUUCAUAGAGAUGAUGUGGAGUUUAUCAGUGACUUGAUCGCCUGCCUGCUUCAGGGCUGCUAUCAGAGGAGGGAUAUCACGCCUCAGACAUUCCACAGCUAUCUGGAAGACAUUAUCAACUACCGCUGGGAACUUGAGGAAGGGAAACCCAACCCCCUGAGAGAAGCCAGUUUUCAAGACCUACCUCUACGCACUCGUGUGGAGAUUCUCCAUCGCCUCUGUGACUACCGACUUGAUGCAGAUGAUGUCUUCGAUCUUCUUAAGGGUUUGGAUGCAGAUAGCCUCCGAGUGGAACCUUUGGGAGAAGACAGCACUGGUGCAUUAUAUUGGUAUUUCUAUGGAACUCGAAUGUACAAAGAAGAUCCAGUCCAGGGAAAAUCCAAUGGAGAGUUGGCCUCAAUCAAGGAAAAUGGAGAUCAGAAAAGUGUCCCAAAUAUGCCUGGAAAAACGGGGAAAAGAAGAGGGCGACCCCCAAAACGGAAGAAAUUACAGGAGGAGAUUGCCCUCAAUGAAAAACAAGAAGAAAACUCAACUUUAGCACCACUGACAAAAAAUGGGGCCCAGGGCCCAGGGCAUGGGACUUGGUGGCUUCUAUGUCAAACAGAAGAAGAAUGGAAGCAGGUAACAGAGAGCUUCAGAGAGAGGACAUCACUAAGAGAGCGACAGCUCUAUAAGCUUUUGAGUGAGGACUUCUUGCCGGAGAUCUGUAACAUGAUAGCUCAGAAGGAAAAGCGUUUACAUCGGACAGAAACAGAAUUACAUACUAAAUGUAUGUCUGAUCACCUGCCCAUCAAGUCCCUUAAGCAUGAGGAGACCCCCAUGCUCAGCAGAAUAGAGAAGCAGAGACGCAAGGAGGAGGAGGAAGAGCGCCAAAUCCUUUUAGCUGUGCAGAAGAAAGAGCAAGAACAGAUGCUCAAAGAGGAAAGGAAGCGGGAAAUGGAAGAAAAGGUCAAAGCGGUAGAAGAUCGAGCUAAGAGGAGGAAGCUCAGAGAAGAGCGGGCAUGGCUUUUGGCCCAAGGGAAGGAGCUUCCCCCAGAACUCACCCAUUUGGACCCGAGUUCUCCUGCCAGAGAAGAAAGAAAAGCCAAGGAUCUCUUUGAGCUGGAUGAUGAUUUCACUGCUAUGUACAAAGUUCUAGACGUGGUAAAGGCUCACAAAGAUUCUUGGCCCUUCUUGGAACCUGUAGAUGAAUCUUAUGCCCCAAACUAUUAUCAGAUCAUUAAGGUCCCCAUGGAUAUCUCAAGCAUGGAGAAGAAACUGAAUGGAGGCCUCUACUGUACUAAGGAAGAGUUUGUCAAUGACAUGAAGACUAUGUUCAAAAAUUGCCUAAAAUACAAUGGGGAAAAUAGUGAGUACACCAAGAUGUCUGACAACUUAGAGAGGUGUUUUCAUCGGGCAAUGCUAAAGCAUUUUCCUGGUGAAGAUGGAGACACAGAUGAUGAGUUCUGGAUUCGAGAAGAUGAGAAACGGGAGAAGAGGAAGAGCCGUGCUGGGCGAGGGGGUUCAGGCAGCAUUUGGACCCGGUCUAGAGACACUGAGGGAUCCAACAGGAGACAGCAACCUUUGGAAAAUGGGGGAAAGCCCCUGCCACCACCACAUCGAGCAUCCUCCUCUACUGAUGAGCAGAGCAGCAGGACCCUGCAGCCACCCAGGGAGGUGGGUCCUUCCAAUGGCCGAGGCUUCUCUCAUCCUUUGCAUUUUGGUGGGAUGCCUAACCAGGCACCUCUUUUAGGCCAGAUGAGGCCAGCAGUGCCAGGAACAUUUGGCCCUCUUCAUGGAUCAGAUCCAGUUAACCUAUACGGGUCACCUAGAGUCCCUGAACCACACCCUGGAGAACCUGUUCAGCAGCACCAGCACUUUGCAAUGCAGCCUCCAGUUGGACUAAAUGAACACAGAGGGCCUAGGCUUGGUGUACCAGAAGAAAAUCAGGUGUGUGGAGGGCUGGCUCAUUUCUCUACCAUGGGACCACAUCCUGGAUCUUUACAGCUUGGCCAGAUGAGUGGCCCUAGCCAGGAUGGGAACAUAUAUCCUCCAGCCCAGUUCCAGACAGGAUUUAUUCCUCCCAGGCAUAAUGGGCCUCCAAUAAGACAAGAAUUUUCUGAAAAUUCCGAUGUGCCCCCUCCUGGUCACAUGUAUAGACCAUAUAAGUACCUGAAUCGAGUACACUCUGCAGUCUGGAAUGGGAACCAUGGGACAGCUAACCAAGGUCCCUUGGGGCCAGAAGAGAAGGCCCCUGGGGGACCUGGAACUUCUCUCCAACCUCGAAUUCUUGGUCACAUCAUGGAUCCCCGAGGGAUGAGAUCAUCUCUGCCUCCAAACCAGUGGACUGAACAGUCAAGCUUCCUACCUCAUGGGGUUCCUCCUUCAGGAUAUAUCAGGCCACCCUGUAAAUCUACUGGACAGAGAUUACAGCAGCCACCAGCACAGAGCUCUCUGUUUGGGGGACCCUCCCCAGGUCUCCGGGGAGUCCAGGGAGGGGAGUCCAUGAUGGACAGCCCAGAGAUGAUUGCCAUGCAGCAGCUCUCAUCCCGUGUUUGCCCACCAGGUGUGCCUUACCACCCUCGACAGCCUCCUUCCCCGAACCUACCUGGUCCUUUUCCCCAGGUAGCUCAUUCUGCAGCAGUAACUGCAUCCACUUCGAAGUCAGCCUUGGAAAACAACGGGAGUUCACAGAACAUCAAUGAAACAAAGGAACCUGAUAGUAAACAAGAGCCUAGACUUGAGGAGAAACCACCUAGCCUCGGUGCUCCAGAGGGGACUUACCUCACCCAGCUACCUCAUUCCAAACCACCCCUGCAGGCUGACUGCAUCAGGCAAGGUUCACCACAGCAUCCAGAAACAGACGUCUCAAUGGUCAAAAGUGACUCCUCUCAGUCUGGGGAAAACUGUAAAGCCACACAGGGCAAAAAUCCCUGGCCAACCGAAGGCAGCUACCCCAGCCCUACUGCACAAGGCUGUAUGAGGGACCUGACAGCCAUGGCAGAGAGAGGGGUCCUCCCCGAAAAUGGAAUCAUUGGAGAAGCAUCCCCUUGUGGCUCAGAAGAAAAGGGGCUGGUGGGUGGUGGUUCCUCAGAAAAGCCACUGUGCCCUCGAAACAAGACAUUUCAGGAAGCAGCUAUACCUUGCACAGGGCAGAACUCCAAUACUUCUCGGAACAUGGAUGCAAAUCUGAUGGGCAAUGCUGUCAACCAGUUUCCCCCACUGUAUAUGCCUGGCUUAGAAUAUUCUAAUUCAGCCGCACAUUACCACAUCAAUCCAGGUCUACAGGGUUUUGGUCCUAUGAUGGGAGGAAAACAGCCCCCAGUAUCACAUCCACAGCAUUUUCCCCCACGAAGUUUUCAGCCUAGCAACUCCCACUCAGCUAUGUUUCCUCGAUAUCGUCCACACCAGGGCAUCCAGUACUCUUAUCAGCCACCACCUCAGCCUUCUUUCCACCACUACCAGCGAACUCCUUAUUACACAUGUCCCCAGGGCUAUUCUGACUGGCAAAGGCCUCUCCAUCCCCAGGGAAACCAGUCCGGGCACCCAGCUCAUCAGGCUCCCCCACCAAGGCCUCCUUUCUCAGAUAAAGGGACUGUAAGCAGUCUGCAGGGUUGUGAGGCACUCGGUGCUACUCUAGCUUCCCCAACCCGAAUUGCUGUAGUGGGUGCCAAAGUGGUACCGACAGAUGGGCAGAAUCUAGGGCCCAAAGAAGAAAAAUCAGAUGAAUCCAUCGAGAGGCCGGAGAGUCCCAAAGAAUUUCUCGACUUGGACAACCACAAUGCAGCUACUAAACGACAAAACUGUGUGCCCGCUAACGAGUUCCUCUAUGGAUCUCCUUCCCCAGCCCUGAGUUCAGGGAUGAAUUUUAGUUCGUCUACUUUUCCACCCCACAGCAUGAUGCUACAAUCGGGGCCUCCUUACACAUCUCAACAUACGGCCAGUCAUUUUCAGCCGAGGGCCUAUUCGCCAGUUUCUGCUCACCCUUCUCAUCCGGCUGCUGCCCAGCCUAAUGGCCUCCCCCAAGAGGGUCCCCUCUACCGCUGCCAGGAAGAGAACAUGGGUCACUUUCAGGCCAUAAUGAUGGAACAGAGGGGCAACAUUAGUGGAAUGGGAGGACCUUUCCAGGACUUAUACAGAUCAUCAGGAAUGCAAAUGCAUCAGACCCAGGCUCAGUCACAGUCCCCCUUUCCAAAGGUGUCAGCUCCAACGACAACAAGAAAAGAACUUCCCCCACAAAAGCCCUCAGUCCUGCCUCUGGAUCAGCCCGGGGGUGGAGCUUGGGCUUUUAUCCCAGCGUUCAGUUCAGUGCCUGCUUCAGAGCCUGUCCCCCCUUGCACAGAUUUCCAGCAGACACUUGUGGGAGAGCUCCCUUCCACAGGAGCAUGUGAGUGA